UGGGUGAAGUUCACCUCCCUCCUUCCAGUUGUUGAUUCCCUUUCGUUUCAUUCCCUUCAGGCCGCCCGCAUGGCUGAAGAGCUGCGGCAGGAACAAGAUCACUCCAUGCACUUGGAGAAAAUCAAGAAGAACCACGAGGUCACCAUCAAGGACCUGCAGGUCAAAAUGGAAGAAGCUGAGCAACUGGCUUUGAAAGGCGGGAAGAGGACCAUCAUGAAGUUGGAGGCUCGGAUUAAGGAGCUGGACAAUGAACUGGACUCCGAACAAAAGCGCCACGUGGAGACAGUGAAGGUGCUGCAAAGGAACGAGCGGCGUCUGAAGGAGCUGGUCUUCCAGACAGAAGAGGACCACAAGAACAACCAGCACAUGCAGGAACUGGUGGAAAAACUGCAGAACAAGCUGAAGACCUACAAGAGGCAGAUUGACGAGGCUGUACGUACUGUCAUUUUUAGACAUACAGGUAGUCCUUAACUCUAUGUACCUUUAACCAUAACCAUAACUAACCUAUA